UAACAGUGUUAGUGCAUGCGAUUUGUAAGCCGCUUGAGUCAGUGUGUGUAAACAUUACAGAAGGAAAACGUCUCUGAAGCAAAGGAAAGAUAUUUCAAUGCUGAACACAUUUGAAAGUUCCCAUUGAAAGGGGGUUAACUUUAUAUUUAAGAACCUAAAACGGAAAUCUGCUUUUGACAAAACGUGUUCUCAACAUAUUACAGCAGCGCGGGCAGUUCUUCAAAAACUUUAUGUUAUUAAAAUGUUCUGGAAUAAUUUCGUCUGUUAUUGAUUGAACAACACAACGCGAUUGAAUGUGGAAAAAUAUGGUAAAGAUAGAUAGUAAGGAAGUUUAUAAUAAAAUGGAUCCAAGGAAGUUAGAGAAGAUUCAAAUUUAUCCGUCGAAGCAGCAUUGCGGAUAUAAUAAGAUGUCAAACCAGUUGCCGAAACUAACAAAGACAAUCAUGUCACCAUUGACAACAAUGCCACCCAAGAAAAUCAUGAUUGCACCACAGAACGGUGUUGCUGUUAAAGCAAAUCCAAUGCCACAAACAAACGUCAACAUAAAAGUUGAGACUGGUGAAAAAAUGCCGACAACGACGACAACUGGGAGUAUCAAUUCAAUGCAAUUGUCAGCAAUGAAGAAUAAUUUUGCAGCAAAAGUUAAUUCUUCUCCAACUGUUGCAAACCUUCCGAAUUCUCCAAAGAUUCCUUUGAAGAUCGAACAACAACAACAGCAGCAACAAGAAAAUAAAUCCGAUCCCAGAGCUAUCGAUAAGCAGAAAGAAUUGGCAGCUGCUGCUGCUGCUUACCGAUCUGAGAAAAUAUCACUUAACGAUGUUCAUCCCUACAUUACGUGCUUCUUAUGUCGAGGCUAUUUAAUUGAAGCAACAACGAUUGUCGAGUGCUUGCAUACAUAUUGUCAUAGUUGCUUAAUGAAACAUCUUACGAAGGAGAAAUGUUGUCCACAAUGCGACAUGAGCAUAAACAAGUCAAAAACAAACAUAAAAUACGACGCGACAAUCCAGUCAAUCGUUUACAAACUAGUUCCUGGAUUGUAUCAAAAGGAAUUGUUACGACGAAGAGCUUUCUAUAAACAACAUCCACUAGAAGCAAAACUGGCAUCACCAGAAGAGCGCGGCGAUGAUACGGAACAUUUAAUAUUAAGUCCACACGAUUUGAUUUCAUUAUCGUUGGAUUAUGCAGAGAAAGAAACUCUUCAAGGAAUGGAAACAGAUGAGAGCGUUCAAAACCUUCUUCAUCCAAAAUACUUAAAUUGCCCAGCAGUUUUUAAAGUUGAACAUUUGAAAAAGUUCAUCGUCAAUAAGUUUCUCAUCAACAGUCAUAAAUUUAAUGUUGAGAUCAGCUACAAAGUCAAAACAAUUGUUUUACCCGAACAUUACACAUUGAUGGAUGUUGCAUACAUUUAUACAUGGAAGAAGGAAGCUCCAAUGCCGUUCUUUUUCCGUAUCAUUGCGAAAAAUUCGAAAUGCGAUGAAUUGCCUGAAGUCGCACUACGCAGGUCACCAACAACAACUCUCCCGAAUGCUACCGACGACUCUCUCGGUGCAAAGAAGAAAAGUGUUUCGUUUAAGGAAGAAGUUGAAUCGAUGAUUGAGAAGAAAUCGGUUGAGAGUGUACAAAAAGCAGGCGGUGGUGUAUUAACGACAACAUCGACAACGACGACGACGAAGACAGGCAGUGAGAAUGGCAAUAAAAAGUCAUUAAAUGAUUAUCCGCCUAAUGCACCACGAAUCGAGACAAUAAAAUUGAAACUUGAUGUUUCAAACAAUAAUGUCAGUAUAAUUAAGAAUACUACCGCUGUUGUAGCUGAUUCUGCAUUAAAGAACGAAAUGAAACAGCAAAAGCAUCAACAACAACGUUCCGAGAAGAAGGAAAAGAAAAGUAAAAUCGGCGAACAUUUCAUACCAAAAUAUUCGAUUGAGAGUGAAAAGAACCAACCGAAAGAAGUGAAAAAGGAUGAAUAUGAGUUUGAUGAUGAUAUCGAUCAACAGAAGCUUGGAUUCUUGAACUCAUUUCAGUUGACAUCGAAGAAGAGUUUACAGUCCAGAGUGAAUGUCAAGAAUGAAAAUAACAUUCCUUUGUCCAACAACGUUUCAGCUAAUGAAAGAAAUUCUUCAGAGAAGAAGACUCCAGAAACAAAUGUUAAUAAGCGGAAGAGUAAAGAACCGGUUAAAGCGACGAAGAAGUACAAGUUCCAUGAGAUGAAGUCUGUGGGCGAAGGAAACAAAUUUCUGUUCACAAAGACUGGCGAUGGACAUGAAAUCACUUUUGAUAUGUCACUCAAGCCUUUGGGUAGUAAACCACCGUUGAGUAAAGUUAAAAGUGACAUUUUGAUGGCACAGCAACGUGCAGAUGCAAAAGCAAAAUCUGAAAUCAUUAAGAAUGAAACGAAAGCAUCAAAUGAACAGAUGAACAAUGAAAACCCAGCCAACAACCAUCAUCGAAAUGUUCCGUUGAAGCCAAAGAAGUUGCCGAUGUUGUUACCAAAACAAACACCACCAACUAAUGCUCCCACUUCAGUUGCACCGACUGCAAUUUCACCAACUGCAUUUGUCAUAAAGAAGCCAGAAACGAAGAAAGAUGUUGCAGCCAGUGAAAUUAGUGUAACAAAGAUAAACGAUCAAAAUCAUCAGCUUCGUGUUUAUGGGCCAAAAUCUCCAGCGAAAACAACAACAACAGAGUCACAACAGACAUUUAAGAUGCCAGAAGCUUUCGCACAUCCUUUACCAGUAAAAUCAAAGUCAAAUUCAUUAAUCAACAACACUUCGAUACCAAACAUAUUAAAACCUUACGGAUGUCCAGUGAAAAUGCCGAAAAAUAUUCCUGAAAAUAUGCAAACACCUUAUGGAUGUCGAACGCCAUUUUAUGUUCCUAGUAGUCCGUCAUACACACCCAACUUUGAUCCAAAACCACAGCAUAAGUAUGCAAAUCCACAUCUUUAUGCUUCGUUUAUGCAGUCAAUGUUUUGUCCACAAAACAACACUGGAAAAUUGUCACCUCCACUUAACAACAACAUAGCGACACCACCAAAGUCGUCAUCGUCAUCAACAACAGCCAGUGACAACUCAAGAAAGCGUUCUCAAUCUUCUUCAAACGACUCAGGCAUCCCACAAAAACGAAAGUCACCGUCACCUACAAAAACUUCGGAAACAGAUCCAAAAGCCAUUUCCAUUUUAAAUAAAAUUAACUUCCCUUCGUCUCUUUCCGUGACGCUUACAAAUGAACAGGAAGAAAACAAAAAAGAACAGUUAAGAAGUCAAAAGCAAAGCAUAGUCAAUAAUAACAUUGAAAUUAUUAAAAUUUCUGAUGAAAAAGAGGCAAAGACGAGUAGCAGCGGUGGCGGUAAUCAAAUAAAAGCUUCAAGUACAUCACCAACCGAUAAAAAGACGACGACAACGACGUCACCAACGGUUAGUGAUAAGAAAAUGUCUGAACAAAAGAAAUCGCCGAUUAAUACAACACUGCCAGCUUUGGUUCCAAAUGCAACAGCUGUGCUGAAUGCAACGAAAAAUCUUCCAGAAUCAAAGGAAAGUUUUCAGCGAGCGUUUCUUGAAUCAUUAAUGUCCGUCAAUGCGAAGCAAAACCUUGAGAAAAAUAAUUCAGGAAAGAAAAAAGAAACAAAUAAAUCAGAAGUUUCUGAGAAUGAUGAGAAAGAAAAACUUUUAACAGAAAUAAAAACUGAAGUUGAUGCAACUCCAGAACCUGUUAAAGUUCCUGUUACACCAAAGAAUUCAUCGAAGCAUUCUUCGGAUCUUUCAUCUAAGAAAAGCCUUUCAUUGACGCCACCACCGACAAAAGUGAGCGAUAAAUCUUUGAUGAGCACCAACAAAUCUCUUACACCGCCACCGAUGUUACAAGAUCCAGCGAUUGCGCAAGCGAUGCAAUUCAAUAUGUUUCUUAAUGCAGCAAUGAGUGCUGCAGCAAAAUCAAAUUAUCCAUUUGAUAUCGCGAAUAUUCAAAGAACAAUGUUGAUUGAAACAUUACGACAAAAUGUCGAGUCAAAUAAUUUGUUAGCUUUGCAUCGACAAAUGCAGCAACAACAACAUCAACAAACUCAAAAAAAUGCUUCAACAUCAUCAUCGCCGUCUUCUAAUUCCGCUUCAAAGCAUUAA